AAACCCUAACACCAAAACCCUCAGUACCCCCUUCUCUUUACCAUCGGCAGAGAACAAAGGAGGGAAAGGCUAUAGCUCAUAUUGUUUGUUUUCACCUCAUUUUUGGGUUGUUUCUUCAUCUCAGCCAUGGCGCUGUAUUUACUAUACGAGUCGGCGUCUGGUUAUAGUCUCUUUCUAGCUAAUGGUCUUGAUGAAAUUGGGCAGAACACAGAGGCUGUUCGCAGCUCUGUCGCAGAUCUCAACCGUUUUGGCAAAGUGGUUCAGUUAACUGCUUUUCAUCCUUUCGAGUCGUCUUUAGACGCUCUGAAUCAGUGUAACUCUGUCUCUGAAGGGCUUAUGACGGAUGAGUUGAGAAGCUUUUUAGAACUUAAUCUCCCAAAAGUGAAGGAAGGUAAAAAGCCAAAGUUUAGUUUAGGAGUUGCGGAGCCUAAGUUGGGGUCGCAUAUAUUUGAAGAGACAAAAAUACCUUGCCAAAGCAAUGAAUUCGUUCUCGAGCUUCUCCGUGGUGUAAGGCUACAUUUUGAGAGGUUCAUCAAGGAUCUAAAGCCUGGUGACUUGGAGAAGGCUCAACUUGGUCUGGGGCACAGUUACAGCAGGGCAAAAGUGAAGUUCAAUGUCAACCGAGUUGACAAUAUGGUUAUUCAAGCAAUUUUUCUCCUUGAUACUCUUGAUAAGGAUAUCAAUUCCUUCUCAAUGAGAGUCAGAGAAUGGUACUCUUGGCAUUUCCCUGAAUUAGUGAAAAUUGUCAAUGACAACUAUCUCUAUGCAAAACUCGCCAAGUUCAUAGAGGACAAGGCAAAGUUGUCUGAAGACAAAAUCCCUGAAUUGACAGACAUACUUGGAGAUGAAGAGAAGGCAAAGGAGGUUGUAGAAGCUGCGAAGGCAUCAAUGGGGCAGGAUUUGUCCCCGAUUGACUUGAUUAAUGUGCAACAGUUUGCUCAGAGGGUAAUGGAUCUCUCUGAGUAUAGGAAAAAGCUCUAUGAAUAUCUGGUUACUAAGAUGAAUGACAUAGCACCUAAUUUGGCCUCCUUGAUUGGUGAAGUCGUUGGGGCUCGUUUGAUUUCACAUGCUGGUAGUCUUACGAAUCUGGCUAAGUGUCCAUCUUCUACCCUUCAGAUCCUUGGGGCAGAGAAAGCACUGUUCAGGGCACUGAAAACACGAGGAAACACACCAAAAUAUGGUUUGAUUUUCCAUUCAUCUUUUAUUGGUCGAGCAUCUGCCCGCAACAAGGGACGCAUGGCUCGAUAUCUAGCAAACAAAUGCUCAAUUGCUUCUCGCAUUGAUUGUUUUGCUGAUAGCGGCACUACCAUUUUUGGAGAGAAACUGAGAGAACAGGUCGAGGAACGAUUAGAUUUCUAUGACAAGGGAGUUGCACCUCGUAAAAACAUUGAUGUGAUGAAAGCUGCAAUUGAAAGCACUCAGAAUAAAGAUAUUGAAAUGGAAACAGAAGCACCUGCUGGAGCUUCAGCAAAGAAAAGCAAGAAAAAGAAAUCAAAAUCUGAGGCUACAGACGCUGCUGAACCUAUGGCGGAGGAUAAACCAGCAGUUGGUGUAAAUGGAGAUGGUUUAGAGGAUGCUAAAUCGGAGAAGAAAAAGAAGGAGAAGAGAAAAAUUGAGGAGCAAGCUGUGGAUAAUUCAAAUGGUCUAAAUGGUGCCAAUGCUGAGCAAGACGGAACUACUAAGAAGAAGAAAAAGAAGAAAAGUAAAGAUGAAGAUAUGGAGGAUGUGCAGCCUGCUAGCGAAAUCAAAAAGAAAAAGAAAAAGAAGUCAAAAAAUGAAGAUGAAUAAAUUUUGACAGAUGUAUCCAAAUUGCUACAUUAAUAUUUUCUGUCAGCUGAGUUUUGAUUAUCAGAGUAGCCUUCUGUUCUCUGUUAUUAAUAUGAAUUAUCAAGAGAUUAGGGUGUUCAGAAGUGUGAAAUAUUUAAGGAGGUUCUGUUUGUGCUUUAA